CCUGCGGAGAGGAGCAGGCUCAGAGCUCAGCGGAACCUGCGCGUGUUCAUAUCCCACCUCUGGAAUGCAGUGUGGAAUAAACUGGACUCACCGAACCGCCAGGCUCCACUCAUGUCUCCUCACCUCCUUCCUACAUCAUUGUCAUCUUUCUGGCUAAUGCUGUGUUUCCUGCUCAGUGUCAUUCUGCUGCUGUCUUCAGGGGUCCAUGGCCAAGGUCGUCUUAAGUUGACGGUACUGUCUGAAGACAGACUGCAGAUGAAGUGGAAGGAGGCUGAUGGGCCUGUUCAGGGCUACAAAGUCAGAGUGAGACCCAUUUCAGAGGUUCCACAGCCCGAGCUGAUGCUGACUACCACCCGUGGACGGGCAACAGUGGCCGGCCUGGACUCCAGUCAGGAAUAUUACCUCCAAGUGCUUGUGCUCAACGGGACGACAGAGAAACUUCUCGCAAAGAGACGAUUCACCAUGCAGAGUCUGCGGGAGGAAGAGAUGAUCCGCAGUGGCACCCGCGAGCACAGGAAGAAGUUGUUGCCAGGUGGGUCAGGAUCAGGAGAACUGGACGAUGCAACAGAGGCUCUGCUGGAUGUACCAACAGUUCUAUAUCCAGAGCCCACAACCACCACUGCUGCCUCUGCCAGUACUACAGACCCUCCAGCUACAGAAACUCCCUCUCGGCUCCCAGAUAACACCCCGGAGAAAAGCGGCAAAGAGAAGAGGAAGAGAAAGAAAGAGAAAGAGCGGGAUCGUUCCAAGGUGGAGAACAAGGAGGAACAGGGAACAACACAGGGUAAACCUGCUCAGGAGAAACCCCGAAAGACCCCAUUCCCUACCCAGCCAGGCAUGUCUUCAAGGAAACCAUUUGAAUGUGACAGCGAUGCAGCUGCAGACAUCAUGUUGCUGGUGGACGGCUCUUGGAGCAUUGGACGCACUAACUUCAGACGGGUCAGAGACUUCUUGGAGGGGCUGGUGACACCGUUCCACAUCGGGCCAAAUCACAUUCAGAUCGGUCUGACCCAGUACAGUGGAGACCCACGCACAGAAUGGCACCUCAACAACUUCACCACUAAAGAGCAGCUGGUGGAGGCAGUAAGGAAUUUCAGAUAUAAGGGAGGAAACACAUUUACAGGUCAGGCACUGCUCCACGUCAUGGAGGAGAACAUGAGGUUCAAGGCGGGUGCGAGAUCAGAAGCUCCAUUUUUCCUGGUGUUGUUGACUGAUGGGAAAUCUCAGGAUGAUGCCAUCGCUGCAGCGAACAGGCUGAAAAAUGCAGGCGUGGAAAUCAUCGCUGUAGGUGUAAAGAACGCUGAUGAGGCUGAGUUGAGACAAGUGGCGUCGGAGCCGGUGGAUCUAAAUGUCUACAAUGUCAAUGACUUCCCUCUGCUCAGCAAGCUGGUGGCACGGCUGGUCCAUAUAUUGUGCGGGAGGAUAGAAGAGCGCGGCAUCACAAAGCGAAUGGAGCCCGGCCCCACAGUAGACCCCGCCCUCUCCUUCCCCAGUCCUACUGACCUCCGGUUUUCUGAACUUGGUUCCAGAGAGGUGAAGCUUCACUGGACCAAUCCUGUGAAGCCAGUCCAACAGUACAGAGUGGUGUAUCACAGUGCUGAGAGUCAGAGUCCACAGGAGGAAGUGCUGCCCGGCUCAGAAUCCACUGUGCUGCUCGAGGGCCUCUCCUCUCAGACUUUAUACCACGUCUCUAUAUUUCCUGUGUAUGAGAACAAUGUUGGCCUAGCGCUCAGAGGAACUGUCACAACACUGCCUCUGGCCAUGCCUGCCAACUUGAAGGUGAUUCCUUCUUCUUAUAGCACGUUGCGAGUGAGUUGGGGUGCUGCACCUGGUGCAACACAAUACUUGAUCCUGUACUCAGCACUUAGCCAGGGAGAGCCUGAUGAUGCCAAGGAGGAGAAAUUCAGUGCAGAGCAAACAGUGGUGGAGCUGGCAGGAUUACUGCCGGCCACAGACUACUCUGUCACUCUUUAUGCCCUUUAUGAUGAGGAACCCAGCGACCCUGUCACUGCUGUUGCCACCACAUUCCCCCUCCCAACACCGCUGAGUGUUCAGUUCCCAGUGGUCACCCACAGCAUGAUGAGAGUGAGCUGGGUGCCCGGCGCUGUGGAUGUCCCCGGCCAUAGGAUCACCUACAGCACCAACCACGGCAGUGAUGUGAAGCAGGUGGAGGUAACAGGACUGAACUCGGUGCUGGUGCAGAACCUUUCCUCUCUUUCCAGAUACCUUGUUUCUGUUCAGUCUCUCUACCCACAAGGCCUGUCUACAGCGCUCACCAGUAAUGUCACCACAUUGAAGGUGCCCUCCCCAUCAGACCUUAGGGUGACUAAUUUCUCAGGCGGUGAUAUCACCGUUCGCUGGGAAGCUGCAGCUGAUGAUGUUGUUUCUUACCUCAUUAAGUGGAUCUCGCUGAGUGGAGGUGACCUGAGACAGCUGCGCGUGAGUGGUGAUGGUGAAGGAGCGAUUCUCAGGGGGGUGGAGGAUGAUAAGGAGUACCAGAUUUCCCUGUCUGCGCUGUAUGGAGAUGGAGCUCAGAGUGAAGCUGUGGCCAUACGCUAUAGCACAUUGUCUGGUGGAGGCCCAACCAGCGUCACAGUUUCCGAUGAGACUGCUGUCAGUAUGGUGGUCAACUGGGUACCUCCCAAUGCUCAUGUCCUCCAGUAUCGUGUGUCCUACGUGGCACUGACUGGAACUGAUAGCCAGGAUAACACUGUGCUGGUCUCAGGUGGAGAGAAGCGGGUGACGCUGGAGUCAUUGCAGCCAGACACACGUUACAGCAUCUUGGUCACAGCCGAGUACCGCAACAGAGAAGGAGGCAGCGGUUCAGCUCAGGGCAAAACUGCCAGUCUGCGGGUGAGCAGUGUGAGUGUGGUCAGGUCAGACCACAACAGUAUCUGUGUGUCAUGGAGACCAGUGUCUGCUGUUGAUGGAUAUCGUAUUGUAAUCCAGGCUGUGAAAGACAAACAAUCAAGACAAGAGAUUGUCAGCGAGUCCAGCAGAAGUCACUGUUUCACUGAUCUGGAACCUGAGACUCUGUAUCGCAUCAGCGUACGCUCACUUCUCGGCUCAGCAGAGGGCACGGCGGUCUCAAUACUCCAUCCGACAGCCACAGCUCCUGCCAGAAUCCCCACCCAUCCCCAGAUGUACCCUAUCCACAAUGAAGUGUGCCCUGAAGUCACCAUCAGAAACAGUGUUGUUAAAGGGUUCAACAUGAUGGAAGCCUUUGGUCUGACUCAGAGAGCUCACUCAUCAGUGGAGGGAGUGGCAGCCGAGCCUUUUGUCUUCAACACGCUCCCCACCUACACUCUGUACAGAGACGUCCAACUGACACAGAGCACCAAGUUUAUCCACCCCGCAGGUUUCUCUCCAGAGCACACCAUCAGCAUCGCCUUCCGGAUGUUGCAGGAUACACCCAGGGAACCCUUUGCCCUCUGGCAGCUCACCGACAAUGACUUCCAGCCAAAGAUGGGAGUAGUGAUUGACCCUGAUACUAAGCACCUGUUAUACUUCAGUCUGGACUACAGAGGUGAAGUGCAGGAACUGACCUUUGACCAGCCGCAGGUCCACAGGCUGUUCUAUGGCAGUUUUCACAAGGUUCACCUGUCCGUCAGCCAGGUGAGCGUGUCCCUGUCUGUGGACUGCCAGCAUGUGGGUGAGAGACCCGCCCGCCCUCUAGGCAACCUGCCCACUGAUGGAUUUGAGAUGCUGGGAAAACUGGUGAAGACCCGAGGACCCAAGAGUGGAUCUGCCCCAUUUCAGCUGCAGUCCUUUGAAAUCAUCUGUAACACCACAUGGGCUUCAGAGGAUACCUGCUGUGACCUGCCUGGACUGAGAGAUGAGGAGAGCUGCCCUGCCCCUGCAUACACCUGUACCUGUUCCUCUGACAAACCUGGAGCUCCUGGUCCCCCUGGACCAUCUGGGAAGCCAGGUCCUCGUGGUGAGAAAGGCGAGAAGGGAGAGCAAGGCCAAAAGGGGGAGGUGGGUCCUCCUGGAAAGUCUGGACUUGAGGGAGGCCUUGGACCUGUGGGCAGCAUCGGGCCGCGAGGCAUUACAGUGCAUGGCAAAAUGGGUCCACCAGGAGCAAGGGGAGAGAAGGGAGAUCCUGGGCGACCUGGAGUACAGGGGGUACCAGGACCUCCAGGUCAGAAAGGGGAGGAGGGAAUCACAGGCCCUAAGGGCAUCAGAGGUGUUGAGGGCAACAUCGGUGCACCUGGCAUCACUGGACCCAGGGGUUUCCAAGGAAUGCCAGGAUACCCGGGCCCUAUAGGGGAAAAGGGCCCCCCAGGCCCUGUGGGGCCUACGGGACUACCAGGUAAUAAAGGGGAACGAGGAGAAAAGGGGGAACCUCAGUCUAUGGCUAUGAUCUACCAACUGGUCACACAGGCAUGUGAACAACUAGUACAUAAGGAGGUGUUGAAGCUUGAUAUGUUCAUUAAUGAGAUCAGCCGUAAACCAGCUCCUAUUGAGGAACCAGUGGGGCCUCCAGGGGAACCAGGAAUACCAGGACCCAAGGGCCCACCGGGUACCAGGGGCUCACAGGGCCGUGUAGGCCCAAGGGGGACACCUGGCAGGCCUGGGUAUCCAGGAGAGCAAGGAAGGAAAGGUAUGCCUGGGGUAAAAGGUGAUGCUGGGUCCAAAGUCCAGGGGCCCCCAGGGGUCAAAGGAUUUGCAGGUCCGACUGGUGAGUCAAAGCUGGGAAUCCCAGGUCCAAAAGGAGAAAAUGGUAAACCAGGGCCACCUGGGAUCCCCGGAACGCUGGGUCAGUCAGGUGAGAUCGGACCACCGGGUGUGUGUGACAACAGUGGAGGGUGCCACGCAGUUCCUGAGCAAACAGACCCUUAUUAUGGCUACCAGCCUUGAAUGGAGAUUAACAAGCAGGCAGCAGUGGUAAGGUGACCCACAUCUGUGGGAAAAUGACUGGUUCACUUGGAGGUGAACAAAAGACAAAAGAUUGUUUGCUGCAUUGGAUGUACCGGUGCCUGACGUAGAAGCUACAUCAUAUUUGAGAAAAGGAAACAAUAAGUGAAGAUUGUCUCUCUGUUCUCUUAUUAUAAUGUUCAUUGACAUUUAAAAUCAGAUCAGCUAAGAAAUUAAUUUAAGAUCAACUAGGGAGCUUUUUCAUAUAAAAUUUAGCAGUUGAUGGAUAGCUUCAUGAGAGAUAUUUUCCCAGUGGGAUCAGUAAAGUGUUGCCUUACACGAUGUAUUCGCACUGAAACCUUUGUUACUGUGUUUCUGUAUUCAUGCACUGCCUCGAUGUUUAGCUGUAUAUGUUACUUUCUGUGUAGUUCAUUUGUCAUUCUAACCUUAACUGCCUCAAGGAUAAUGAAAAAGCAUAAUCCAUGGUGUAAAAGCUCCUUUUUGUUCCGUGGUAGAAAUGAUGCUGUGAGAAUGUCUGUUUUCACAUGUAUGAUAAUUUUUAUAUUGUUUAUUUUAUUAACUGUGUAUGUAUCAUGUAUAUUUUAAACUCUCUGAAUUCUAAUUGCUUAUUGAUGUUUACAUUUUCUGAUUUCCAAACAUUUGGUUGUUAAGAAUUUGUGUUUGAGAGAGAGAGAGUGCCACAUAUUAUUUCUUU